AUGGCGCAGCGGGUCCGCCUCCUUCGGAAUGGUUCACGCACCGGUGGCAAGCUGCUGGUGGUGCCUGACACCUGGGAGCAGCUUCUGCACCGCUGCAGUCGCAAAUUCUCUACUGACGACGAGCCAUUCGUGGCGUCUCGGUGCUUCACGGUGGACGGCUUCGAGAUAGAGGAGCUGGAAGAGGUGGCCGCCGACUCCAUUGUCGUCGUCUCGAGCGGCGAGGAUUUCCUGCCGCUGCCUCUGCUCGAGGGGCUGCCGCCGCCGCUGCACACAGGCGUCUCCUCGAGCGCCGCCAGCACGGCGUCGGCUGCGCCGGCGCCGACUGAGCUGAGCCGUGACUCGUCCGUCGCCUCGGUCUCGCUUCCGCCGCACGCGUCGCCGCUGCCUCCCGGGGCGGCUGCGGCUGCAGAGCCGGCGGUGCCAUCGCCACCCGAGCCUCGACUGCACCUCACCAUGCUGCAAGCCGCGCCGCUGGCGCUCGACAUCGCCUUUGAGAUUGCGACCACCGACAACUUGCGCCGCGUGUGCACGACGGGCGCGACGGUGCUGCACUACUCCGGCCACGGAGAGGAGUCGUACCUCUCUUUCGAGGACGGCGUGCAGGCCGCCUUCGACAUCGGGAGGAAGGCCGUCUCUUCGAUGCCCGCGCGCCUCACGCCGACCUCGAGCGCGCGGCACGAGUCGUCAAAGCUCCUCGCCGGCGCUCUGCGCGACGCCUCGCAGCCGCUCUGCGCCACCAACCUACCCGCGCCGUCCGAAACCUUCGUCGGCAGACAGGUGCUCAUGUCGCGCGCCGUCGCGGCGCUGCUGCACGGGCGCAAGCGGUACGUCUGUCUCGUCGGCGCCGGCGGCAUCGGCAAGACAGCCCUCGCCCUUGCCGUGGCGCACUAUGUGCGGCUGCGCGGCCUCUCCUCGAGCCUCCAGCUCGCCUACGCCCUCGCCGCCGCGCUCUCGCUGCAGCUCGUCGGUCCCGGGGAGGAGCAGGUGCGGGAGGAGCUGAUCGGCGCCCUCGCGCCGCGCCGCCUCCUCAUCGUCGUCGACCGCUGCGACGAGCUCGCCGAGGCCCGCAGAGCAGGCGGCGGCGGCCCGGCUGCCGCCUCCUCCUCUCCCGCGGGCGAGGCUGCGGCGGCCGCAGGCUCGCCCGUCGCCGAGCUGCUGGCGCUGGUGCUGCGCCGCGCGCCGCGGAGCAAGCUGCUGCUGACGAGCCGCAAGGCAGUCGCGCUCUCCGACGCGCAGCCGCAGAUUGUCCAGUGCUCGGAGCUCUCCCUCCCCGAGGCGGCGAAGCUGCUGCGCCGGAUGGCGCCGGGCAGCGUGCCCGAGUCGCACGCCUUUGCGCUGGCCGAGCUGUGCGGCUGCAUGCCGCUCGCGCUCCGGCUGUGCGGCUGCGCGCUCGGCUCGAGCCGCGUGCGCACGAGCGCCGACGAGCUCAUCAGCAAGCUGCAGGCGGAGGCGAGCCGCCUAAGGUCGCUGCGCGAGGUGGCGCAGCGCUCAGGCGGGGCCGCGCGCCGCCACGCCUCGGUGGAGGCGUGCAUCGCCUCGUCGUACAACAACCUCCAGCCGCGGCUGCAGUUCAUCUUCCUCGCCCUCUGCACCUUCCCCGCCCACUUUGACGAGAACGCCGCCGUCGCGCUCCUCCUGCACGACGCCGCCUCACCGCCGCCACCAGCCUCGCCGCACGCGGCAUCGCCCUCCUCCGCCACGCCGCCCUCGCUCUCGCGCGACAACUCGGGCGAGGCGGGCGGGCAGUGCUCCUCGCCCGCGCUGCUCUCGCUGCUGCGCGGCGUUGUGCGGAGGGCGCUGGGGCAGCUCGUCGAGGAGAGCAUGGUAGAGCUCCGCGUGGGGCGCGGCGACGCCCGCCGCUACCGGUUGCACGACCUGAUCCGCCUCUUUGGUGCGAACAAGAUGGCGCAGGCGGAGGGGGGGCGCGCGGCGCGGCAGCGGUGGACGCGUAGCCUAGUAUUUUACUACACGGGGUGGCUGGCGAGGAUCAACGAGAGGGGGCGCUUCGACGACACGAGCGGAUCGCUGGAGCUCUUCGACGCCGAGCGGUCAAACGUCGAGUAUGCGCUCGCGCAGGCGACCGACGACCAGUUCCCGGCGCUGCUGUGCUCCGGCCGCAACCUGCUCCGCCACCGCGUCGACCACGGCACGCGCCGCUCGCUGCUGCUCAAGGCGCUCCAGCUCAUCGACGAGGAGGAGGAGGAGGACGCGCCUGCUCCUGCGGCGGCGGCGGCUCCCGUCUCGCCGCCCCGCGCCGCCGCAGCGGGCUUGCUGCUGCCUUCGCGAGCGGGGAGCGGCGUGGCGGAGGCGUUGCCACCACGGCGGCUGCUGCCGCUGCUGCUCAUCGACCUCGCCUACGCGCUCAGCAACGCGUCGCGCUUCGAGGAGGGGACGCGCGCCUACGCUUGCGCGCUGCGGCACGCCGCCGGCCUUGCAUGCGCGCGCCCCCUCCUCGCCGAGGCGGGGCUUGACCGAGUGGCGGACCCGGACGGCUUUCACGGCGCCGUCCUCCCGCCAUCGGAGGGCACCAGGCCGCGGGCGGAGGUUGCGGUUGUGUCCUUGGAGAGCGCCGGGCCCACUCCGGCGGAGAGCGCCGCCGCGGCAGCCGGAGGGGAGGAGGCAGCGGAGGCGGAGUUCGAGCGCCAGCUCGAGGGGCUGAUCCUCGAUUCGGGCGUCGCUCCAACGCCCGAGGCCGUCUUCGCCGCCGACUCGGCUGAGGUGGUUGCAGAGGCGCUCAACUUGCUCGCCGUCAACUUGGACUGCCGCGGCAACGAGCGCGGCUCGCAGCUGCUCUUCCUCCACGCGCUCCGGAUCCGGCGGAGGCUCUUCGGCCCGGCCCACCCCGAAGUGGCUUCGACCUACAACAACCUCGCCAACCUGCUGCGGUCGCCGCUGGUAGCCGGUGGCGCGGGGCGCGCGUACCAGCGGGUCGGGCCGCACUCUCCGCAGCUCGCUGCCUCGCUCACCAACCUCUCGGUCCUGCUCGGCCGCUCGGGCGACGCGGCGGACGAGGCGGAGGCGGAGCGGCUGCUGCGGCGCGGGCUGGCGAUCCGCGAGCGGGUGUUUGGCCAGGAGCAUCCCGAGGUUGCCCACUCCCUCCACUCGCUCGCCAACCACUACCAGUUCCAGCGCAAGGACUUUACGAGGGCGGAGGGGCUCUACGAGAGAGCCUUGCGGAUGCGCGAGCAGUACUACGAGCGGAACUCGGACCGCGGCCACGACCAGCGCUCCGAGGAGCUCUACCUCGAGACGCUCUCCAUCCGGCGCGAGCUCUCCGGCGGGCGGCACUCGGAGACGCAGAAGACGGCCGCAGCGCUGCUGCGCCUCUACCAAAAGCAGGGCAAGAGCAGGGAGGCCGCGCAGCUCAAGCGAGACCUGUCGGCGUGGCGGCGCGAGGCGCCGGCCGACGCGACCGCAGCCUUCCUCCACGCGUCGGUGCGGCCGAACCCGCCCUUCAGCGCGGUGCCCGAAGGCUUCCGGCUGCUGCACGCCGUCACCGGGCAUCAGGGCUACGUGCUCAAGCACAUCGCGCAGGAGAGCCGCGCGAACAAGGUGACGGCGGAGCUGGGCGCCACCGACGGCGGCGACGCGGGUGGCAGGCGCGCCUCUCCGUCCACCGUGCUCGAGCAGGCCGCCGCGCUCGAGCUACACAUCGUCGCCUCGUCGGAGGAGGCGCUGCGGCGCGCCCAGCAGCUCUGCGAGGCGCACCUGAAGAAGGUGCACGAGCAGAUGGCGAGCUGGGCGCGCGGGCACGCGAGCUCGCGCCGCUCAUCGCGCGGAUCGGCGGCGGGAAGCUCGCGGCGCGAGUCCCCAGCCAGCGGCGGCCCGUCGCGCCCGUCCCCCGCCAGCGGGCUCCUAGGCCAUCACUGGGUCCACAGUGGACGGACACACAGCCUCAGCUGGCCCGGCGGGCUCGGCCUGACCCUCGCGAGGAUGGCGCGCGCCCACGGCGACGCCUUCUAG